GAAGCAGAACAUGUCAGUUGUAUAAGUACCGCAGCACCUGGCCACACUGCCCCAGUGCAUCAGCCGAGCCGUUCCGUGACGACUGCUCGCAGUAGGUAAGCCUGCGCGUGACUGCGAGCGAGGCAGUGAGCUGCAGGCAUGGCCGGGGGUGGGUUCGCCGUGGCCGGUGGCGCGUCGUCCGCCGACUAUGGCGGCCGCGUGACCUUCUCCGUUGUCGUCACCUGCCUCAUGGCGGCGUCCGGCGGCCUCAUCUUCGGCUACGACAUCGGCAUCUCGGGGGGCGUCACGGCGAUGGAGUCGUUCCUGUCCGCCUUCUUCCCGGGGGUGCUGCGCCGGAUGGCCGCCGCGCGGCGGGACCAGUACUGCGUCUACGACAGCCAUGCCCUCACGGCGUUCACCUCGUCGCUCUACCUGGCCGGGCUGGCCGCGUCGCUCGUCGCCAGCCGCGUCACCAGGGCGGUCGGGAGGCAGGCCGUCAUGCUCGCCGGCGGCGCGCUCUUCUUCGCCGGCGCCGCCGUCAACGCCGCCGCGGUCAACAUCGCCAUGCUCAUCGUUGGCCGCAUGCUGCUCGGCUUCGGUAUCGGCUUCACCAACCAGGCGGCGCCGGUGUACCUGGCGGAGACGGCGCCGCCCAAGUGGCGUGGCGCCUUCACGACGGGGUUCCAGCUCUUCCUCAGCAUCGGCAACCUGGCGGCGAACCUCGUCAACUACGGCACCUCGCGCAUCCCCACGUGGGGGUGGCGCCUCUCGCUCGGCCUGGCCGCGGCGCCCGCCGCCGUCAUCCUCGCCGGGGCGCUGCUCAUCCCGGACACCCCCAGCAGCCUCAUCGUCCGCGGCCGCGUGGAGGAGGCCCGCGCCGCGCUCCGCCGCGUCAGGGGCCCCAAGGCCGACGUGGACCGCGAGCUCGAGGACGUGGCCCGCGCCGUCGCGGCGGCGCGCGCCCACGAGGACGGCGCGUUCCGGAGGAUCCUCCGGCGGGAGCACCGGCACCACCUGGCGAUGGCCGUGGCGAUCCCGCUCUUCCAGCAGCUCACGGGGGUCAUCGUCAUCGCCUUCUUCUCCCCCGUGCUGUUCCAGACGGCUGGGUUUGGCAGCAACGGCGCGCUGAUGGGCGCCGUCAUCCUUGGCGCCGUGAACCUCGGCUCCACGCUCGUGUCCACCGUCACCGUCGACCGGUACGGCCGCAGGCCGCUGUUCCUGACCGGCGGGUUCGUCAUGAUCAUCUGCCAGGUCGCGGUGGCGUGGAUCAUGGGCUCGCAGAUCGGCGGGGACGGCGGGUCCGUGAUGGCGAGGCCGUACUCGCUCGCGGUGCUGGCGCUGACGUGCGUGUUCUCGGCGUCGUUCGGGUGGUCGUGGGGCCCGCUGACGUGGGUGAUCCCCGGCGAGAUAUUCCCCGUGGAGAUCCGGUCGGCGGGGCAGGGCAUCAGCGUGGCCGUCAACCUCGGCGCCACGUUCCUGCUCACGCAGACGUUCCUCUCCAUGCUGUGCGCGCUCAAGUACGCCACCUUCAUCUACUACGCGGCCUGGGUCGCCGUCAUGACCACCUUCGUGGUGGCGUUCCUGCCGGAGACCAAGGGGGUGCCGCUCGAGGGCAUGGGCGCCGUCUGGGAGCGCCACUGGUACUGGGGACGGUUCGUGCAGCCGCCGGUGAAGGUUGCUGACGAGGAACCCUGAUGAACUGAUGGUGGCCGCUUGCCUACUUCGUUUGUGGCGGCGUCAAACUUCCUUGGACGUUUCCAUUCGUUAAUCGCUUUAUGUUUGUCUGUUGGGUUCGUCAUCCGAGGAAGACUUGUGCGAGUAAAAACGAAAUCAGUGCUCAUUCAUGCCUGUGCCUUUUGUAAUACGUCAUGCAAGAUUGAAUAACAGGAUUAGUGUUGUUGAUCAACGUAAUUAAAUAUUAAAAUAAUUUUACCUUUCCCA